GGAGAGAGAGAGAGGAGAGAGAAACAGAGAGAGAGGGAGGGAGUUUAAAGUAAGUGCUAUGUUUUGGGACAGGCUAAUCUGCUAGCGAGCAGUGUGAGGAUCGGAGCAUAUUGUGUGAGCCAGUGUGCAUGGUACAGAUAAGGAAGACAGCCACCCUGCCAGCCCGACCCACCGACUGCCUGACUGCCUGUUUUAAUGUGCUGACUCUGGGGAGAUUUUAAAAGACAGCGUAUUGACUCCUCAGACCUGUGCGGAGACCCUGGGCACAAACGCCACCACUACAACCACAGCCAGCAGAAGUGCAUCAGCAGACAGAAGGAAGAGAGUGAGAGAGAAAAUAGAGGACUAAAAAUUCACAACUCCACAGUCAGAAAAUUAAAGAGGAUUUUUUUUAUCCCCAUCUUUUUUCAACAGAUUUUUUUCUUUCUUUUUUGCCGCACCCAGGACUGACAACCAACCACAGAAAAUAUCAAGAAACGGGGAACACCAAAAAGAAACUGAAGAGAACCUGAACAUAUAAGGACAGAGCAACAAAAAGCACCGAAUCUGAACAUGUUCGAAAUAAGCCGAACACUCAACGCAGCUUUGUUGAGCAAUGAGCAUCUCAAGAUGAUGGUGAGGUACGGGCAGCUCUCGGGACUAGCAGCCAGUGGCGUGGGCUCCGUCCCCGAGACGCACUCGCCGCUAUUUCCCAGGGAUCUCCUGUCACCGCCAGCCCAGAUGGGCUACAGGUCACCCUUGGGGUCGACAGAGACACAGUGGCGUCAGGCAGAGCUCCCACAGCUCCAGGGCUGGGCAGAGAAGGGAUUGCUGACACAGCCAAAGAUGAUCAUCAGUAAUAUGGAGGCUCCAGUGACAAACGGGCCCAGUGGAGGAGGCAACACUGCCAAUGGGCCUACCUCCAACAACCGUGGUUGCCCCUCGCCCAUGCAGACUGGCCCUACAAAUGACGACAGCAAGACAAACCUCAUUGUUAACUACCUGCCCCAGAACAUGACCCAGGAGGAGUUCCGCAGCCUGUUCGGCAGCAUCGGCGAGAUCGAGUCCUGCAAGCUGGUUCGCGACAAAAUCACAGGACAGAGUCUGGGCUACGGCUUUGUCAACUACAUCGAUCCAAAGGAUGCAGAGAAAGCCAUCAACACAUUAAAUGGACUCAGACUUCAGACCAAAACAAUCAAGGUGUCAUAUGCACGGCCCAGCUCAGCCUCCAUCCGUGAUGCUAACCUGUAUGUGAGCGGACUGCCGAAGACGAUGACCCAGAAAGAGCUGGAGCAGCUUUUCUCCCAGUACGGACGUAUCAUCACCUCUCGCAUCCUUGUCGACCAGGUCACAGGCCCCGCAGGUGGCUCCCGAGGUGUGGGCUUCAUCCGCUUUGAUAAGAGGAUAGAGGCUGAAGAGGCCAUCAAGGGCCUGAAUGGCCAGAAACCUUCAGGUGCUGCCGAGCCCAUAACAGUCAAGUUUGCCAACAACCCCAGCCAGAAGACCAGCCAAGCUCUUCUGUCACAACUUUACCAGUCACCCAAUCGCCGAUACCCCGGUCCCCUUCACCACCAGGCCCAGAGGUUCAGGCUGGACAAUUUGCUUAAUAUGGCCUAUGGCGUAAAGAGGUUUUCUCCCAUCACCAUUGAUAGCAUGACCAGCCUGGUUGGUAUGAACAUCCCCGGGCACACAGGCACUGGUUGGUGCAUCUUUGUGUACAACCUGUCCCCAGAUUCAGACGAGAGUGUGCUCUGGCAACUGUUCGGGCCAUUCGGCGCAGUCAACAAUGUCAAGGUGAUCCGUGACUUCAACACUAAUAAGUGCAAAGGCUUCGGAUUUGUCACCAUGACAAAUUACGACGAGGCAGCCAUGGCCAUUGCCAGUCUCAACGGCUACAGGUUGGGCGACCGUGUCUUGCAAGUCUCCUUCAAGACUAACAAGACACACAAGUCCUGAACUUUAGCAGGUAGAAGCAGUUGCCCCGCGACUUUGUCUGCUCCAAAGUUGCCCCCAAUCCCCUCCUACCCCCCACCUCCACCCAUCCUUUAGGCCCUUCAGUCACUACCACUUCUACCACCUUACAGCAGCCAUCUAACACAGCAAACUCCAACAGGAACACAAAGCAACCGAACAAACAUCAAACAAAUUGAACUAGAAAUGGCUUAUAUUAUAACUUUGGACCUAUAAGCCAAUGUUGCCUAAGUAUUACAAAAAUGAAAUGAUGAAAAGUUUUUGGAAGCUCCUGUGAUAAUGCAGGCUUCUCUAUGUUGUAUAUUCUUUCUGUUUGUUGUGAUUGUUAAAAUGAUUUGUUCUCUUCUGUGUAAACAGUAGCAAAUCUCUGUAUCCCCUUAUUUCAGAGAAGAGAACAUCCUUUUUAGAUUGGAACCUUUUCUCUGUCUUAAUUCAGGAUUUGUUUU